AACAUUCAUUUGUUUUUAGUGUCAUACCGUACAGCACAGCAUGCUAAUGUGUAACUACAUUUUAUUGUGUUUCGUGUCCUUGACCGUUGUUUACGGAAUAACGGUUCACACAAAAGUAGGGAACAUUUCCGGCGUAGAAGAGACGGUAACAAUAAACAACACUUCAUUUAUAGUCGCUAAAUUUCUAGGUAUACCGUACGGGGAAUUUACCGGCGGUGCGAACAGAUUUCGGAAGCCCAUCCCAAAGGCGCCCUUCAACGAAACGUUGACGCAACACAGCCGCCUGUUGGGUGUAUUCAAGGUCUUCGCGCGAGCGAGGAGGCGUACCGGAACUUGGGUUUGGUGUUUUCGGAGAACUGCCUGAUGCUCAAUGUAUAUGUUCCACAAGCGUUUCAAAGACCGCGAUCGCUCCCGAUGAUGGUGUGGAUCCGGAGGCGGCUUUCUCGAAGGAGGUAGCCUUCCAUACCCCGCAGAAGGGCUUAGCGCGUUUGGUGAAGUCAUAGUUGUGACGAUCAACUACCGUGUCGGUGCCUUAGGAUUUAUGCGAACACACGAUGGGCGAAUUCCCGGAAACCUUGGUCUAUGGGACCAGCAUUUGGCUAUAAAAUGGGUUCACGACAAUAUCGAGGCUUUCGGUGGAGACCGUCAUCUUGUGACGUUGUUCGGACAAUCUGCCGGAGCAGCCUCGGUUUCACUUCAAGCAUUGUAUCCCGGCAACAGGGGUCUAUGCAAACGCGUUAUUGCAGAGAGUGGCACUGCGUUAGCAUACUGGUCGGUUAAUACCGAACAGGAUACCGACAUACAAAAGUUUAUCUCAAUGAUCGGAUGUGAUGGUAACGCAAUAAACGUCUACUCCUGUUUGCGUGCACUGCCAGCUAAACAGCUGCAAAUCAGUAAAACAUCAAGCGACGUUACUGUUACAGGUCAAUAAUUGAAUCUUUUAUAAAUAAAAUGUAUAAAUGCUUGAAAUGAUUUUUUUUUACUUUACAUCACCUAAUUUAUACAGUUCAGGUCCGUCCGUCAAGUUCAUCGUAUUCGUAGAUGUACGUAGGCGUAGGUUGACAUAUACAGUAUCAGGUAAACUAACAUCUAUAUUUAUCUUCACCUGUCCACCUGUCCACUCUCCUUUGUUAUGCUAAUUCCCCUCUAGCGCUGACCAAUCGUAUGUAUAUAACAUCAAUCGUUGAUGCUAUGCCUUGUUGAUGUUGUAUACGUACGAUGAACGGCAUUCUUUGAUAUUCAUUAAAUAUAUAGCAUUUAAAUAUAUAUUUGCAGUUAGUUGUAUUUUACCUGCCGUCAGACCAGCCUAAAAGAACCACGUACUGUAACAUUACAAACAUAUUACAUCCCGUAGUUGAUGGCGAUUUCCUUGCGGAUGCUCCCCACAAUAUCGUCUUUGGGAACGACUCAAAAUCUAGCGAGUCGCGUGACUUCUUCGCGUCUCUAGAUUACAUGACUGGAGUAAAUAGCUACGAGGCAGCAUCCUACAUCGUUGGUGUGUGGCCGAAUAUUUUGGGUAUCACAGAUUUCAACAAUUUCUCUUUACCAAGGGAGACUUUUACAAAGACCGCUGUCACUUAUGCAUUGCAAAACCUGUUUGGAAUCAAGAAUAAUGCAACAGUUGACGUUUUAAGGAAAUUGUUAAGCUUUGCUUAUAUUGAUUGGGAACAUAAUGGUGAUCUAGAAGUCAACACUAAAGCACUUAUUGAUUUUACCAAGGAUUUGACGUUCUUCUACCCAGCCAUCUUGUCUUUAGUUGGUCAUUUGGAAAUCAAAGCUGCGCGCGCAUCAACGUACAUGUACGAGUUCGGCGUCGUUCCCAGCAGUCAUUCUUUCCUGAAAUCCACAUGGAUCAAAGACCCCAGCCGUGUCAUUGCAGUCCCUAUACCCACGCCGAAAUGGGUAAACGGGUCGAACCACGCCGACGAAUUGAGAUACGUGUUCGGCAUCCCGGUAUACGACACUUACAGGUUGGAUAACACUUCACCCGACGACAUACAGAUCUCCAAAGCAAUCAUGACCCUGUGGACAAACUUUGCCAAGACGGGCAAUCCAAACACACCGGCAUCGGCCGCUAACUUCAUGCCGUCUCAGGAAGAUUGGUCCGAGUUUAACAUCGACUCGCAACAGUAUAUGUACAUGAGCAACCAAGAGUUUUCUAUGAGAUCCCAUUUUCGGGCCCGUCGAAUGGCGCUGUGGGGUCAACUCGUGUCGUACAUAAGACGGAGUAGCUACGUAUGUGACCAGUGUACGGGAAACCAGGGCUUAAUAGUACCACCGUUGUCUUCAGUUUUAUUUGGUUAAUACUAAGAUCUAUCAAUAAAAAUAUAAUUGAUA